CUUUGGCCAGGGGAUGGCAAUCAAAUGGAGUCGCUAGUCUUUCUCACUUGCACACCGUCCGUUGCCUUGUCCACCUCACACUGGGAUAGUCUCUGUGAUCUUCGGAGGCUUAGCAGGAAUACGGCGUUGAGGCAGCAGCCCAAGCGUCAAGAUGCUGUCACUGACGAUAGUGCCCUGAUGUUCACGUACGUCCUUGGUGUUGCCCUCGAGGUUCCAACUUUAGAGGAUCUUCGUGUUGCUGUGCAGAGUUGAGAGAUCUUGCAGUGGGAUGCUAAGUAUCGGGUACGUCGCAACUAAAGUGUUGAGAUGACUCUUUCCUCACCGAUCACCAGAGGUAGCGGUACCAGGUACGCAAGUACGGAUGACCAGGGACUCCUUCCCGCCCGCUUUUCCCUCGCUGCCUCGCUGCCACGCAGUGCUACGCUGCUCGCUGGCCCGCUAGCCAGUCCUGUCCCCUGGUCCCUCUUGGCUCACAGCAACACACCAAUGUACCCCCGU